AUGGAAACAGCAACGUUCUCUACGGACAACAUCGUUUCUAUGGAGCCCAAAAAGCGCCCUUCGCAGGAGCGGGCACGGCACCAGAAGGGCAGCGCCCCGGAGCUGGCACCCGCCCAGCUGAAGCCCAAGGUCAAGAGCAAGGGGCUGCCCGCCGGCCUUGGCCCUUUCCGGCGAAAGGAGGCUGCUGCGGGUGGGCGCAUCCGGAAGAAGCUCUCCCGGGCCAAGAGCGCCACGGCGGCGGGGGCGGCCCGGCUCCCACGGCCCGAGGGCGGCAGCAGGGAGGUGCCCAGGCUCCAGGGCCAGCCAGCGGGGGCCCGCAGCACAGGCAGCGGCUACGACAGUGAGGGCUGCGGGCGUCUCCUGGGGGCAGAGGCCCCCGCCCAAGAGCCGGGGCUGGCGCCGCACCCUGGUGCACCGGGGCCCUCGCCCUCCUCCGUGGUCAAGAUGGAGGCCAACCAGAAGGCCAAGAAGAAGAAGGAGAGGCAGGGCUUACUAGGGGCCUGCCGCCUGUCCAGCCCGGAGAGUGAGGUCAAGAUCAAGAGGCGAACGGCCAAGGCCGCGGGGAGCGCCCGGCUAGAGCGGCCCCCGGGGGCGCCCGGCAAGAAGGCCAAGGGCCAGGCCAGAGGCGGGCUGCGGGCAGAGCCGGGGGCCGCCCCCAGCAGGGAUGCGCUCUUCGGCCCGGCCCGGGCCUUCUGCCGUGAGGAGGGCAGCAAGCUGGCCAGCGAGCGCCUCAAGAGAGCCACCCGCAAGAACACCCUGCUGCAGCCCGGACUGCGGCGCAAGAACGGAGCCCUGUCCGUGGCCCUGUCGCCCCGCAACACCAAGGCCAUCCUGGGGAGCAGGAAGCUGGGCAAGGCGAAGGGCAAGGCCGCCGGCAAGCAGGGCCAGGGCCGGGCGGUGAGCCGGCUGCUGGACAGCUUUGCGGUGGAGGACGACUUUGCCUUGGACGACGACAGCAGCUUCUCGGAGGAGGACGCGGCGGCCGGCGUGGUCAAGCUGGACCACGAGGGCGUCACCUCCCCCAAGAACAAGAACUGCAAGGCGCUGCUCGUGGGGGACAAGGGCUUCGGGCCCAAGCUGGGGCGGCCCCUGCCCGGCCCCAGCUUCGCGCACCCGGCCCUGGGGGGCAAGGACAGGAAGGGGCGGGCGCCCGUGCACCCGCUGCCCGUGGGGCUGGCGCUGCGCAAGUUCGCCGGCCAGGCCGAGUACCCGCUGCCCUGCGACAGCGACUGCCACAGCUCCUACUCGGACGAGGAGGAGGACGGGCCCGGGCUGGCCCCCGGCGUGCCCUCCCGCUUCCUCGCCCGCCUGUCCAUGUCCUCCUCCUCCUCGGGCUCGUCCACCUCCUCCUCCUCGGGCUCGCUGUCCACCUCCAGCCUCUGCUCCUCGGACGACGAGGGCUCCUCCUGCAGCUCGGACGACGCCGACCCGGCGCUGCUGAUGCAGGCCUGCCUCACGCACCCGGUGCCCGCCCUGCUGGCCCAGCCCGAGGCCCUGCGCGCCAAGGGGGGAGGCCCGCACCCGCACGCCCCGAAUUGCGAGAAGAGCCGCAACGCAGCUCGUCUCUGA